GUUUUUAUGGUGCGCUUUGUGUUGGACGAAUUGAAACUCAAACUGUUCGGCUGCAAUAAUAGGCCUAUUGUAAACCUUGGAGUCUUUAUGUGUGCUUUUGAUGAACUGUAUUUGCAAUAUAAAUUGAAGUUGUGUGAUUUUACUAGGCACUAUGAAGUAAAACUAAGUGACUCGUGUUGGUUUAAUAAUGAUGGUAGGACUUUUUGGUGCUGGGCACCUUUUCCCUAACACUUACAGCAGUAAUAUUUCUCCACAGCAAGAGUCACAGGAAAUGAGUACUAUGUAUAUGACACCGAGCACUACUACAGCCACAGUCACACCCAGCAUGAACAGUGGAACAGCCGCACCAGCUGACGCUUGUCUUAGUAUGGUCAACAGAAGCACAUCGUACAUGCCAUCUAGCACAUCAACCUCAACAAUUGAAAGUGAAGGUCCCACCUCUGGUGACACCUGUAUAAACAUCGUUAACAGAAGUACUAACUAUUUGACUACUAGUUCUUCGACUUCGACUAUGAACAGUGGUACUCCGACGUCUGGAGAUGGAUGUUUGGGAAGUCUGGUGAACAGGAGUUCCACGUACAUUGCUGCUAGCUCUUCGACCUCUGCUACCUCCGCGCCGGCUGAUACCUCUUGUCAUGGUGGCAUUGUAAACCGAAACAGCUCCACUUACAUGCCAUCGAGUACCACAACCUCCACAUCCAACGCCACUAUCAACACAGGAGCGCCCACAUCAGCAGAUGCAUGCUUGAGCAUAGUACACAGUCUGAUGUGCCACAGACAAGGAGGAGAGUCUGAAGGAUUUGCCAAGAGGGCGAUUGAAAGUCUUGUCAAGAAACUGAAGGAGAAACGUGAUGAAUUAGAUAGCUUAAUUACAGCUAUUACUACAAAUGGGUCCCACCCCAGCAAGUGUGUAACCAUACAGCGAACGCUUGAUGGCAGAUUACAGGUUGCAGGCAGGAAGGGAUUUCCACAUGUAAUCUAUGCUCGCAUCUGGCGGUGGCCUGAUCUCCACAAGAACGAACUCAAACAUGUCAAGUACUGCCAGUUUGCUUUUGAUCUCAAAUGUGAUUCAGUCUGUGUGAAUCCUUACCACUAUGAAAGAGUUGUUUCCCCUGGAAUAGCCCUGCCUUGUGCUGAUCUGUCGGGUCUCAGUCUACAACCCAGCAGGUUGAUCAAGGAUGAGUACAGUGCCGGUGCAGGGGUGGUUUCUGCCCCUCCUCCACCCUCCUCUACUGGUGAUAUGGAUGUGGACAGUGACUCUGGUACAGUGCAACAUCCUCCAGCUCAGUACGUCUACUCCCCACAGCAAGCAGGGGACUCUCACUCCCAGCCUCCCCCCACCCCUAGUGACAGGCACAUGCCGCUGUGGAUGCCGUCUCAUGUUCCUCAUCACAGAUUGUCUACAAUAGCCUCACCAAGCAGUGUAAGUUCCACACAGACCAACCCUACUACCCCUCUGGUUUCCCCUACCACUGCCUCAUCUACAUCGACAUUCUUCAGCCCUCCUCAAGAGUCCAUCACCCAGCCGGAGCCAACAAUAUUGAGUUCAAGUGAGCAGAGUCUUCACAGUGGGUCAGUUAACGGAUUCAACGCAGCAGUGACUCAGUCCCCCAGCAGCAGUGCACAGACAACGCAGUUCACCGCACAGGCAACAUGGACUGGCUCCAACACACUCACCUACACUCAGAGUAUGCAGCCUCCUCUUCACAACACUUACUGGGGUCAUGGAGUGAGUUCAGAAGCAUCACUAAGUGGUUUGCUGUCCACACAACCUGCACCUGAGUACUGGUGCUCCGUCGCCUACUUUGAACUGGACACUCAAGUUGGUGAAACCUUCAAAGUGUCCUCUUCCUGUCCCAACGUCACCAUCGAUGGUUACGUGGAUCCUUCCGGAGGAAACCGGUUCUGCCUCGGUGCUCUAAGCAAUGUCCACCGCACUGAGCAAAGUGAAAGAGCUAGGUUACACAUAGGCAAGGGUGUGCAGCUGGACCUGAGAGGAGAGGGGGACGUGUGGCUCAGAUGUCUGAGUGAUCACUCUGUGUUUGUUCAAUCUUACUACCUAGACAGAGAGGCAGGUCGAGCUCCUGGGGAUGCUGUCCACAAGAUAUACCCUAGUGCUUACAUCAAGGUGUUUGACUUGCGCCAGUGCCACCGCCAGAUGCAACAGCAGGCGGCAACAGCCCAGGCAGCAGCUGCGGCUCAGGCGGCAGCUGUGGCAGGACACAUACCAGGUCCUCACAGUGUGGGCGGCAUCGCACCAGCUAUCAGUCUCAGCGCUGCAGCUGGUAUCGGAGUGGAUGACCUGAGGAGGCUGUGUAUCCUGAGGUUGAGUUUUGUAAAGGGUUGGGGUCCUGACUACCCCCGACAGUCCAUCAAGGAGACUCCAUGCUGGAUAGAGGUACACUUGCACAGAGCACUGCAACUGCUUGACGAGGUACUGCACACUAUGCCCAUUGAUGGACCUCGGGCUAUGGAGUGACCAACUUACCAUAACCAACAACACUGAACUGAAGUUAUGAGCCUACACAGAAUUAAAUGUGACCAAGUAUCUUAUAUUUUGACAUCACAUAGAUAGAUACUACCAUAGACAAAAAGAGUUAAAUAUAGACCGUCAGCUGUGUUGCGGUUACCAUUGGUUCUGGCGCACACCGCUGGGAUCGCCGUGGUAGUUACAGCGUACGCGCUACGUAAACUACAGCGGUGUGCGCCGGAACUUAUGGUAACCAUGGUAACCGCAGCACGGCUGACGGUCUAUAUUUAACUCUUUUUGUCUAUGAUACUACUUCUCUAAAGUAGGGUUAUGUUUAAGUUUUCAAAGAUAAAUGGCAUUUCAUAACAAAUCUUUGAGUGAAAAUAUUUUUUGGAGGUUUCCCCCGCCUGUAUAUAUAUAAUACAGUACUAAUUUUUAAAAAUGAAGCCGCUUAACUAUCAACCACAUACUUGAACAUUUGCUAGAUACAUAUUAGUUUUUUGAUAAACCUUCUCCUAAUGGCACAAACCUGUAUCAAAGGGUUGUAAUUAAUCACAUUUAAUAUACUGAAUAUGUGUCAGCUUAACAUUUGUUUUUAGCAAUUUUCCUUAUAUCAAAUAAGCUAUUAUUGUUAAUCUCAUGGUAGGAUCUGGACCUGGGACCGAUUUACUUUUUCGUUUUAAUGUCCCCAGAGGCAAAAAAACACGGUCCGUUCAAAUUCAUAUAUAUGUAUCCGUUCGCACGAUAACUCGAGCAAAAAUCAUCCGAUUUUAAUGAAAUAUGGUACAAACGUGUAGACCCACAUUAAUUUAUUCUAAUGAGUUCGCAAACCAACAUGAUCAGACCAUGGGAAAAGGAUUUUGUGGGGGUUUUAUGUGGUAAAAAUUGAGGUUUCUAAAUUUGACUAAAACAUAAAGUAUCCUAAAAUUUUUGAACUUGAAGAACUUGAAAAUCAAAUAAUUUAGUUUAUAGAAGUGUUUUGUACGGUUAUUGGUUAGAGAGAAAAUUUCAAAAAUUGUAAAUUUAAAAUUCCCAUGUUACUCUUAUAGGCUAGAACUGUUAUAGUUUGCUUGUUUAUGGAUACAUUUUGAUCAAACUUGGCAAAUUUAUUUAUUAGCUAAUAAUAUUUCACUAAAAACACACUUUAUUACCCUCCCUUUAACAGCAAACCUAGGUACCUGUUUCUAAUGUUAUUUAAAUAGAUUUUAUAUGUUUGACAUUGAUAAAUGUGAUAAAUAAUAGCUGCAGCACUGUCACAGUACCUGUAUGUGUUUUCACUUUUCAGUCACCAGGCACUCCAGUUACAAAACACCUUAUAGGCUGUAUAAAAUGUAACCAUUGUGCAGAAGUUUCUAAGUCUAAGCAUUUGAAUACCGGUACCUACGUUGCCGUGGUGCCUAGAACUGUAUUGCUGUUUUAUGAAUAGCCUACACUGAUUUCUUAUAAAUAAUAAUAAAUCUUUUAUGAAGAGUUGUAGGAUAUCAAAACCCUGAAUAAAAAUAUUGAACAACCCAUUUGUUGGGAAUCGGAUUGACCUUAGUUAAAUCUUGGACUAAGCCCCUGAUGAAAAAAAAACUUUAACUGUAUAUUUACGGUUUUGAGCAUACUGGUACAUAACAUUUGUAUUUAAGCUGAAAGAAAAGUCCAUAUUCAGAUCUCAAUCUUUUACUCUAUAAUAUAUUAUGGUUAUGUUUUAAGUAGUUAUUUGGUGAAAAUAUAGUUUUACGUGAUUAAUUUCUUACAAUUAGCCUUCUCAGUACAAUAGCAUCUUAGCAGUAUGUCAGUCAGAUCCGUCCAAUAACUUAAUGCUCUGAGUCAGGGAGUCUAUAUACUGCAUAAUAUACGAAGCUCUCCCGACAGUAACACCACCCAUCACUGCGCCGCCGUGCCAAACGCUUCUGUUGUCGUCUGUCUGGAAACGGGACAGCGGAAUUUGAAAUGGGAUCGGAACAUCAGAACGAUUUCUUCUAAUCACCGAGCAUUCUUUAACAAAUACUGAUAGGAAGGAAGUAGGCUAGCCGUUUAAUGUUAAAUAGGUAGGUCUAAAUAAUAUGUAAUUAAUUAUGAAUUAUUUCUAGUUAAAAAUUACUAAUACGUAGCCUAUAUAAACAUGAAUUAAAUUGAUAUCGUAGCUUAACUAUAUUACUUGUUAUUUCCAUUCUUUAAAUAACAAAAAAUAGGAAGAAAAGUGUAUUAAAAUGCAAUAUUAAAUUUAGAGGUAGGCCUGUAUAGAGCUAUGAGUAUUUUAUAAAUAGUAACCUACCUUAUGUUAAUGAAUUCUUCAAAUCUAUUUCUUCUAAUCCAAAAUAUAGGUAUACUAUUAAUACAUUAUCUAUUUACAAUAUUUACAUCCGCCUUCAUCUUGGAAACUGGAACAACAAAAUUAACAUUACAAUUUGGCUAUUUCAAAUGAGGGAAUAUCUUAAUGUGAAUCUUGUAUAGGCCUAUUAUGUUUCUUUUUGUUUGUUUGUCACAAAGUUGCUUAGCAUGGGGAAUGUUUGUAGGUUCAGUAUACUAAUAAUAUUUAAGUUUAUAGACAUCUAUUUACAAUCCCUUUCAUCUUGGAAACUUAAACAACAAAAUUAAUAACAAUCUUACUAAUAUUAUAAACUAGCUGGCCUGACAGACGUCGUCCUGUCCUAAUGUGGUAUUAUGUCAAACGAGUGCACCUGUUGCUCGAAUUCGAGCAAUUGCAAAAUGUUGCAGGUGUUAUUUCAAAACGAAUAGCAGUCAUAAUUUUCGAUGACUUAAAAGAGUCAACUCAAUGAUAAAUAAUCAAUCACUCCACACCAGUUAUCGAAACUAUAAACGAACUGAACUCAUUCUGAAAGCGAACGCUCACUCCACUCCAGUUAUCCAAACUGAAAACUAACGGUCAUGUUUGUAUUUAUUGUAUCAUGUAUUUAAUACGAACAGCUGUAAUUAUUACACAUUAUUCGUCUGUUUAAAUAAACAUAAUCUUUUCUUCAUAAGAAAUACAUUGGGAUAUUAAUGGCCUUUGGGGCAAAGCCCGAGGACUUUAAUUGCAGAAAUUGGUGAAAGGGGGCGUCUACACAAAAAAUACUUAAUUUUGACACAUCGUUUGUAAAAAUCCGUCCAUUAUUAAUGGAGGAGUAGUGUUUCGUAUAAAUCGCCUUCACGUAUUAUAUAUAAGGAUGCUCGUUAAUUUUCAAGAUGAGCUCGUUCCCAUGGCUCAAUCACGUCCUGGUUGAAGUUCGUUUGCCAUGCUCACUCACCUUUUGGUUGCAAAUUAGCUGUUGUCAUAAAUUUAAAAAAAUAAUAGUGCUGCACCCUGUUGGUAAACCUAUUAACUUUUUAAUGCUAUUGAACAUCAGAGAAUCAAAUUGUUUAGUUGAACCAGCUGUUAAGAUUCUUUUUCCAUUUAAAUACGAGUACUCAUAAGGUUAACAUGGGAAACUCCAGAGCCACUGUGGCGGAGCCCUUUUGACGGAUUUGCACCAAACUUCACAAAAACCAUCCUUGAAUAAUGCUUAAUAAUGCCUGAAAGUUUCAUUAAAAUCUGUCGAUCGGUUUCGGGAGUCCAUAAAGGACAUAAACCAAACAAACAAACAAACAAACAAACAUACAAACAAAAAUACAUUGGAUUUUAUAUAUAGAUGUGAAAGUUUGUGUGUUUUGUUUGUUUGUUUGAAGUUCAAUCACGCAUAAACCACUGGGACUGGACGGAUUGGGCUGAAAUUUGGCAUGAUGAUAGCUCUCAUUCCCGAUUAACAUAUAGGCAUAUUCUUAUCUCAAAAAUCCUUUCGGGCUCUGCCCCAGUGGCUCUGUAGUUCCCCAUGUUAACCUUAUGAGUAUUCAUAUUUAACCCUCCGAGUGUUAUUUGUCGAUGCGUUGACACAUAACACACUUUGUGUAGUGUUUUGUGUCGAUGCAUCGACUCACAAACACUGUUUACGGCGAAGGCUCUAUGACUGACAAAAUCGGAUUGAACUGGAUCGAGUUAGGUGUCGUUUUAUUUUGCAGAUUCAGAGCUAUCUCCGGAGGUCUGUCUCUAAGCGCUUUUCAAAAUAUUGUAGCAGACAGCUGACGUGCGUAUUUGUAAACAGCUUGGUUAACCUCGCACCGAUGACUGAUGUGUUUUAUUACGUUUAUCAUUGUUUUAGUGUUAAAAAUCAAAAGUAGUGAUAUACGUGGUGCAUUAUAAGAUGAUUUAAGUGAUUUUGAAGGGCUGGUUGAUGAUCCUGAAGAAGUAGGUAGUGAUAUUGAUGUAAAUUAUCAGCCAGAUUCCUAGCUAUGGUUACGCUAUGCAUUCUUAGCUAAACGCUAUGUACCGAAAUCUGUUUUUUACCCAUAACUUAUUUAUUUGCAAAUCUACUUCCUUAUAUUAUUAUAUAUUUGUAAUCCUCAUAAAAUUUAGAACAAAGUGGCUACUUUCAAAUAUUUAUAGGCCUAUAAUUUAUACAAUUUCAUUGAGCGCAAACUUGUUUUUUUUUUGAAAAUUUUCCAAAAUAUUUUUUUUUACCAAAAAAAUUUUUUUGAAACAAAUGUUCCUUAUGUUUUAUGUAUAAUAUUGAAGCCCAUGAUUUUCCAAACAAAAUGGUAUAUAGAACUGUAUAAUUAACAUUGUUUUCAAGCUUCUCAGAUCAGUUUUAAUAAAACCUUGCAAAUGAGCAAAAAAUAGGCAGACAUUAAGGCCAAAACAAGGGACACUCGGAGGGUUAAAGGGAAUUAAAGAAUUUAGUCAGCUGUUCCAACUGAAAAAAGUUGGUUUUAUGAUAUACAAAAGCAUUAAAAGGUUAUAAGAUUUACCAACAGGGUGCAGCACUAUAGUUUUUUUGCAUUUAUGUAAACAGCUAAUUUGAACUAAGCAGUGACAAAAAAAAGCGUACGCAAUGAGAACUUUCAAAGUAGGAUUGUUUACAGUUAUGGUUUUGUUUUUAAUGUCAUGAAUAAUUUGUGAUUUUUUGUGAAUUCAUAAUAUAAUAAUUUAUUUUUCUUUAUUGUUUAGGUGAAGUGGUAGAACAUUAUGGCUAUGGUAGAUGUGUAAUACUAUUAUCAUACCGUCAAUUUAAAGAAGCAAAUUUUAUCAAACUUUGUCCUCCCCCAUUGCAAACGCAAAGCUUGGGUAUAACUGCAAUAAGCAUUUUAAACUUAUAUGCCAACCCCGUACGAAGGACGGUUACUCUGCUAGUUUGGCUAUAUUUCAAAUGAGGAAAUAUCUUAGUGUGAAUUUUGUAUAGGCCUAUUUUGUUUAUUUGUCACAAAGUUACUAAGCAUGGGAUGUUUGUGGAUACUGGUAUCUAUGAUAUAUCUGGGGUAUUUGUGUGUGUGUGCUCAAGUUCAAAAACUUUUAUUUCAGUAAACGAUUUAAUUAGCAUAACACAAUAACUUAAAUGUGAAAUACAAGAAUUUUAACUUGGUUCAGAACCCUAACUUGGUUCUUGUAUAUUUUUUGUCACACAACACAUAUGAACAUUUUAAACCUGAGACACACUAAACUAGAGACACUUAAACGAGACGUUUUGAGUUUGACACUGUCAUAACCAUAACAAUAUGCCGCGAACACAAAUGUUUCUUGAUAGACGACAAUAGCAAAAGCGUUUGGCACGGUGGCGCGGUGGUGGGUGGUGUUACUGUCGGGAGAGCUUCGUCAUAAUGUCAUUGUUACUGUCCCUGACACAAAAUUGAACAAAACAUCAAACUAGAUAUUUUGUUAAGUAUAAUCAUAGAUAAAACAACAUACUCCCUUAGUAGAUAUCUCAUCCUUAUGGAACAGCUGAAGCCAAUUUUAUUGUUAGUUCUGUACGGUACACUGUAGAGGUUUUGUUUUGUUUCAAUUUGUUUCUUGUUAUUUCAGUCAUUUAAAACCUUGUUCAACCAAAUAAUACGAUAUAAUCAUCAUAAACAAAAACUCGUCCCCUAGUUAUAUAACCAAACAGUAAAGUUCAAAUAAUUAAAUUAAUCUUAAAAUAAUUUAAACAAAAUUUCGUCGACACAAGUGCCCUCUGUACAUAAACUAGACACAAAAAACUAGCUUCAAAAUUUACAUUGGGAUGAGAAGUCUACUUGUGUUGGUUAGUCUGUGAUAUAAUAUUUAAUUUCAAUUUGUCAUCCGCUACAAAAUUUUGGUUUGUUUGGCUAAUUUUGUUGCACCUAAAAACUGUUCUUCAUUGGUCCAUAUAUCCAUAUAUUCAAUGGUUCAUACAGUGGAACCUUGAUAAGAAGACCCUCGAUAACAAGUCGCCCUUAAUAACAAGUGUCAUUUUCAAAUCCCCUUAAAAUAAUUUUACCCCUAAUCACAUGUUAUUACAAACCUCUAUAAGAAGUCAACCUUGAUAACAAGUCUUAUUUUACAAUCCCCAUGAGAGUCUUGUUAUCAAGGUUCUACUGUAUAUUCAUAAGAGGUAUUUUAAAUCUACGAUUUAAUUAUUAUCAACAAUAAUUUUGAUAAAGUCAUUGGCUGGACAGCAGAAGUUUUGCAGCCUUUGAAAAAUAUAUUUUUGUGAUACUGCAGCAAAAACAACAGUUUUUUUCAAUACAAGCGUUGGGGGAUUAAAGUAGCUCUUUUCAUCCAAGCACAAUGAAGAAUCACAUCUCAGUUGCUUCGGGUGUUAUACUUGAGCUUGUAUAAAAAAGAGGGUGAUGAAAUAUUUUUAUACCAUGUUUUUGCGGCCAAGUAUUGUGUUUCAUACUGAAAUCCAAUGGACACAAAACUUGCCAAUAAUUUAACUAUAUCAAUACUCAUUUAUAGUAAAUGAUCAAUCUGGGCUUAUUUUUAUUAACUAAAUGUAAAUAUGUUAAUUUUUUUCCUUAUAAGCAUUUCUGAUGUGUUAAAAAGAAAGUCAACUCAAUCCAAUUUAUAGUGUUCUUAACUUUUAAUAUUAUUAUAGUAAUUCCGUAACUAGCACUGCCUAAGGUAAAUUAAUGUACUAAAAAUGAAAAAUAAAAAUGUUCGAAAUUAGUUAAUCUUUUGUAACUUUUUCAAUGGAUUUUCCAGGAUACUUUCUGAAAGAGAAAUGUAUCACUACAGUUACAGUAUCAUUAGUUAUCAAGGUUGUGAGGAUAAAUUUCUUAGUAUUAGGCUGAUCUAAAUAAAUCCUACUGGCUUAGUUUUUAUUUGGCUUGUUUUCUAAUAAUAUAUUAAAGCUGUUGUUAUUUGUAUGAAAAAUAAAAUAAUCAUACUAGACUUUGUAAAUUAAUGACUAUACAAGCCUAAAAAUAUUUCAUUCAAUGGAUUUUGUAAAAUUAUUUUAAACCCCUAAAGACAUAAUUUUGCAGUAGUACAGGGAGCGGCAAAAUGAUCUGACGGUUUUCUUUGCCGCCCUGUUGAGCGAGUGAGUGGUGGAGGGUGGUGGGAAUAGGGGCGUUACAAAGCCUACGUUCGAACAUUUUUAGUAGCCAUGGACCUAGGGACAGCUGAGCACCAUGCAUUUGUAGUGGAAGUGUUUUUUUCAAAAGUGACAAUUCUUGUGUAGCUGUUCAGUAGGCAUUUCAAUGUGGGUCAAAGAAGAAAAGUCCCAACUCGAAACACCAUUUUUCUGUGGGUGGGUAGCUUUAGAGCUACUAGUUCAGCAUUAAAACUAAAAUCAACAGGCCAUCCAAGGUCAGUCCGGACGCCAGAGAACGUCAAGAGAGUGAGGAAGACCGUGUGGUGUGGCUGAAAGUGCGAUUUGUCGCUCAUAAUGACUAAUUUGUCACGUGUAAGUAAAUCAAUCACUUGUUCUGAAAAUGAGAUGUGCUUUAUGUAACCACUGUGCUUCAACUGCUGCACGAUUGCCAUUUUGUAUGAAUGAAAGUGCGGGUCGUGCCGUAAUACUCAUACCGAGCGACCAGACAUGUGCAGAGCUGCAGCUUAUUUACGUGCAGGCCGCUGAGGACACCUUCUCUCAUUCUCUCGAUGUUCUCUGGAGUCCGGGCUGACCUUGGACCUGUUGGACUUUUUUCAAUGUUAAACUGGUAGCUCUGAAGUUACCCACCCACAGCAAAAUAGUGUUUCGAGUUGGGACUUUUCCCCUUGGGCCCACAUUGAAACGUCUACGGAACUGCAGCUGAAUAGCUACACAGGAAUUGUCACUUUUAAAAAACACUUCCACUACAAAUGCAUGAUGCUCAGCUGUCCCUAGGUCCAUGGCUACUAAAAAUGUUCGCACGUAGGCUUUGUAACGCCCCUUUUCCCACCACCCUCCGCCACUCACUCGCUAAACAGGGCGGCAAAGAAAACCGUCAGAUCAUUUCGCCGCUCCCUGUAUAAUAUACAAGUAGAGCUGUAUCUUACUAUUCAUAGAAGAUUAAUUGAGUAGGAUUUUUACAUUAAUAAUAAAUAUCUUUACUUGUAUAUUGGUGUUGAUAGGCCUAAUGUUUAUAUUUGCACUUAUGCUCAUUCAUAAACAAAUAUAUUAUUUUAGUAUAAGGGCAACUUUGAGUGUUCCGUUUUUAAAAUUACUAAUUUAUUUAUGUCGACUAGUAACCUGGCCUCCCUGUGUCCAUCUCUUUCUGACUGGGCACAGCUUUGUAUAAUAAUUUAUUUUACAAUUUUAUAACAUUGUUAGUUUCAUGUUUUAGUGUUUGUGAAAAAUAUUAUAUGUCUCUAUAUAAAUAAAAUAAGUUUCGUAUGUUGUGAGUAAAGCUAGUUAGUAAUGCAUACCUAUUUAUCCUUACCAGGUAUUACUUGUUUAUAGAGGAUACUUUUUGUAAGUCAGAGUACAGUAUUUUGAUGCUGGUUCAAAACAAAGUACAUUUAAGGUUAUUGUGAUAAGAGCUGACAAAAAUAUUUAUGUUGUUGUUGAGUAAAUUUUAUGAAUAUUGUUUUUAAAAUUUAUGUUUUCCACUGUGCAAGUAAUAUUUAUGUUGAAAUACUGUUACAUUUUAAGCUUUUUAAUGUCAUUGUAGUUAAAUUUCUGUUUUAGUUUAUCAGUUUCAGAUCUUUGUACAAAUUUAAAAAAAUGUGGUAUUAAAUGUAUUUAGUAUC